AUGCCUACCCCCAACUGCAGACUUGCUCCUUCUCUUGCUAGCACUGAUGUCCAGUUGCUACAAGCUUUGAAUGCGAUGAAAGAAGAGAUGAAGGCCAUGAAGGAUAAAAUCACAUUGAUGGAUGCAAGAAUUGGUGUAGUGAUCACCGGUAACGCAACCGCCAUUAAUGGCAUUGAUGCCUUGUCUGCCCUCCCAGCAUCUGCGCAUGUGCCCACUAGUGUUGCAUCCACUUCUGCUGCCCUUCCCAUCACCGAAUCAAGUGAUACUAACGCUGUAUUUGCAAGUAUAAAGAUACAAAAGACACUUGCCAAUCUUGGAUACAUUCAUGGUUAUAUGUGGAACCCAAAGCUAAAAUCAAGAGACCAGGCAGAAAUCCAAGCAAACGCCAUAAAACCAAAGUGGGCAGUUGAUGUUCGUUUUGAUUGCUCUCCAAAUAGAGAGUUAGUCAAACAACUCUUGUAUUACUUGGAAAAGAAGUUUGCUGGCACUGAUAUGAGGACACGCGACCUUCGUAAGUGUAUAUAUACAAACUUCUGUAGUAGACGUUGCCAGCAAAGGGAACUUCUGGAAACAAGACGAGCCUUGAAUACUAAUUCAAGAAGAUCUGGCCGUGAAACUGAUAACUACACUCGCCGUCACCUUGCUUAUGAUGCUUACAAGGCUGACAUUGAUCUCAAGAUGGGUCGAAACUGCUCUGGACUGAUCCAAAAGUCGGUCAUGUCUGAAGGCGAAUCAGACGAUGAUAUGUCCCCCUCUCAGCCAAGAAAUGAGAUUCGUGUUGCUCGCCCAAGUUGGAGAAGUGACGAGCUUAACAAAUUCAUUACGGAGAUUGACUCGUUUGUUGUUAAGCAAUUGGGUGCAAAUUCCCGCCAAUUGCUUAAGAGAGUUUAUGAUAGAACAGUGGAAUCAACAGUCCCAACUGAUUUAGAUCCUGCUUUACCUCAAUGGGCUCUUAAAUAUGGGUCAUAA